AUGAACCUGGACAGGGCUUCAACUGCGAGGGUGUCAGAAAGCACGAAUACUGGGUUCCUUGUCAUGACUUUCGAAACAGGAGUCUCUGCAAGCAAUAGCGCAUCAAGCCUACGGGCAGCCAUCCGGCGACAAGCUUCACUGAUACUUGUACUAUCAGGCACUGUCAAGGCUUUAGACAGCCGCAAGCGCUUGACUGUCCGUUCUCCUGUCAGUCCCCUGUCGCAAAAAUACGAGAAGCAUUCGCAAACAAAUUAUAAGCUACAAACUGCCACAUACGGUCUGCUGUCCAAGAAAGAUCUGAAAUCAGCAGCACAAAUCACUGCUGAAGAAGAUUAA